UAGCCUCACCCUCAACCUUCGCGAAGUUUCCCGAAGCGCCCGGUAAUUUCCGGAAAUAACAGUGAAACAAACGGAUAGUCGAAUCUCUUUAGCUAGCAACCUGAAAGUACAACCACGCACAGGCGGCUUCGGCGUUUGUGUCUUCCUGUAUCUGGCUAGCAACCACCAGCGUUAUAUUUGAUAACACAUUUAGCCAUAUUUCGUUUGAGUUUGUGCAGUGCUUUAUUAUGUCUUUGCUGUGUUACAAUAAAGGUUGCGGACAACGCUUUGACCCAGACAAAAACCCAGAUGAUUCUUGUACUUACCACCCUGGGGUUCCUGUCUUUCACGAUGCACUAAAAGGUUGGUCUUGUUGUAAAAGACGGACGACUGACUUCUCUGAUUUCUUAAGCAUUGCUGGGUGUACAAAGGGCCCACACAAUAAAGAGAAGCCUCCUGAACCUGUGAAACCAGAUGUCAAGACAUCUGGUGAGAAGAAAGAACUAGAGGACCUGAAACCAAAGUUCAACGAGUAUGUUAUCCAAGCACCAAAACCCGUGGAGUCAAUUCAGCGACCAAGUGGCGAUGAGCCUAUUAUUAGGCUACAGCAAAAAGUCUCCCUCUCUCUGAAGCAGUCAUUGGAAAAACUGAAGCUAUCUGAAGUCAGUGAGCCCGAGAAGAAAGAGGAGGAGGGUGAUGAAGUGAAGAUUGGGACAUCCUGCAAAAAUGGAGGCUGUUCAAAGACUUUCAAUGGACCAGGAAGCAACGAGGAGGCGUGUAUGUAUCAUCCAGGAGUUCCCAUUUUCCAUGAAGGGAUGAAGUACUGGAGCUGCUGCAAGAGGAAAACCUCAGAUUUUAACACCUUUCUGUCCCAAGAGGGCUGUACAAAAGGAAAGCACCUAUGGAAGAAAGAGGACACAGGGAAGAAGAUUGUGCCCUGUAGGUUUGACUGGCACCAGACAGGCAGCCAGGUCAUGAUCUCUGUCUAUGCCAGAAACUCCAUUCCAGAGUUGAGCUUUGUGGAGGGGAACAGCACAAAGCUCAAUAUCCACAUCAUAUUUGAAGGGGAAAAGGAAUUUCAGCACAACAUCGAUUUGUGGGGUGUCAUCGAUGUGAACAAGAGUGUCAUGAACAUGAUGGCAACAAAGAUUGAGAUUGCCAUGAAGAAAGCAGAGCCGAUGACGUGGGCCAGACUCGAUCUACCUCCGGUGAAAAUUCAGCCUGCAGAAAAGAAGGAAAAUGCAGACGAAGACCCCGAUGAUUAAAAAAGCGCAUACACAGAUUAUUGAGACCACAGUGUCAGGGACGAACGGCAUACUGAGGUGACUUGGUCAUUUUGGCAUACUGUAGAGAAUCCACAUCCUAUUUUUCUCCCCCAGAUACUCUGUACUGUAUCCUCUGAACAAUUUUAACCAUCGUUUACCUCUGAAUACCCGAGACAGGACCAGAGCCAGCAGGUUACCAUAGCUACAAAUCCAGAAAGUGUGCUUAUAAUAAGAAACAUGGGUAAUGUAUGCAGUGGUUCAAAUUUAGGGUAACCUCGAAGUUUGUCAAAAUCAAUUUUGUUUUCAGCCCUUUUCCCCCGCUGUGCACUAAUGCUAUUUUUCUGUACUUUCUUUUUGUUUUCUUACUCUUGGCAUUCCACUGUACAGAAUUCACUUAUAGCUACACUAUAAGUGAAAGAGAUUUUAACUACUUCUCAAAGUGGGUUUUCUCAAUACAGGUACCCAUGUCCAGGUUAUGUUUUGAUUUAGUAUUUUGUGGAUUGCCAGCUGCACCCUUCCCCUCCACAACCAAAUAUUCAUUUCCAAGCAUGUAUUCAAACUGCCCUGGUCUUGAUAUGGCAGUGUAUGUUAUGAGAUUCAGUUAACGUUAGCUAGUGGGAAUGCAAAUCUGGUUACAGUAGGUGCAUGCUUUUUCAUGACUGAUUGUGCAGUAUACAGUAGGCCUUUUGUAUUAUAAAGGCUAUUGCGCAUUGGUAUACUGAAUGCACUUUGAUUUGUAUUGUGCCACUCUGCUUAAUGUAUACAGAAGCAUGAGGAGGAACAUUAAAUUAUUGGCAGCACAGAUGAACCUGGCUAAUAUCCUCGUUUAGCAUUUUUUGAAACCACUGGUUACAGUUUGUCAUUUUAACCCAGUUAAUAUUACACCUGCUGCAAUACCCACAAUAUUUGUCUGAACUGCACUGGGGAUAUUAACAGCUUUCAACUGUAUUUUCAUUUCCACAGUGAAUACGUGGAUUUAUACUGCAUAAUUGUAUCUUUGUUGUUUUUUUUUUUUUCAAAAGUGUACCAACAUUGAAGUGGCUGUGCUCCUUUUCUCCAUUGCAUUUAAUCUUCAUUCGACUAAUUCAUGACCCUCAAGCUCAGUUUGGUUUUAAAGCGGAUUCAGAAGUUUAAUUUUCCUAUAGCCACGGUGAAUAAAAAUCAUGGAAAAUGUU